UAAUGAAGCAGGUGAUUCCCUUGACAACACAUUUUAUUAGAACCAAUCAACAACAAGUCUAACAAACAACUGUUGCCAAUGGUUAUCGCAGAUGCUGUAUAAAACCGAACAUUCAUCUCACCCAAGCAGCUGUUAAGCAAGAAAGGAGAACGAAAGAUGCAGUCACUUUCGAGGAUGUGCCUUGGCGUUGCAGUUGCAUUAGUGUGUAGCGUAUUAACAGAAGGAAGAUCGCUACCAAAGGGCUCUGUGGACGAUCGCAUAGCAAACCUCUUUAGGAGGGAUGCCAAUGGCUUGCUCGCUGUAAAAUCUAUUAAACGGGGUGAUUUGCUCCCAUCUAAUUCAUCCGACUCUGAAUAUCACAGGCGUGGUCCUUCCGACAAAAGGUGGAUAGGUCCAAAGCUUUCAAUUGACUCUGUGGAAGAUAACCGCGUGGCAAAUCUUCUGAGAAGGGAACCUAAUGAAUUGCUCGCUGUUAAGUCUAAACGGAAUGAUGAGUACCUAGCUCCUACCUCCCAUUUGAACUUUCCUCCACCAGGCAGGCGGAUUGGAAGGGGGAUAGGUCGAUCAGUUCCAAAGGACUUUGUGGAGGAUAAACGUAUGGCAAAGUUUUCACGGAGGGUUGCUAAUGGUUUGCUCCCUGUAAAGCCUAAACGGGAUGAUUAGUGCCCACCUUCUUCCGACGUCUCUGAGGACGAUCGAGCUUAGAAAAAAGAAAUGUCUUAAAAAGAUAACGAGUAAUACUGAUACUAUAACAUAACACAUGACGUCACCAGAAAUAAAAAUUGAAGAUAAUACAGAGCAUGUGGGUCAAUAGCGCUUGCGCUAAUGUUUAUUGUACAAGAAAUAUCCGACUUGAAAUAAAUAUUGAUAUGAUUUAUGAUAUGAUAUGACUUCUAAAUAAAAAUUAUAGACAUCAAAAGAAAAACAACUGUUUUCUUGUUGCUUGUUUGUCAUAAUGGUAUCGUAAUAAAAUACCUACUGAUAU